AGAAAGUAAAUUGCCAAGGACGUUAUCUUAACUUUACUGCAAAUUUUCCUUGCAAGCAACCAUGAAACUAUACAAGAAAAAUGACAGUAAUCUGUACGAAGAAUAUCAUGGCGGAUGGGAGAUUCGACAUUAAUUUUACAUAGAAACGCUUUUUUUGGAUGUAAAUGGAAAGACAUAUUCUUUGGAUGUAAAUGGAAAGACAUAUUCUUCGGAUGUCAAGAGCUUUACAAAUUUGAAGCCGAAAAAUGGAACUUCAAACCUGUGAAAUUUGGAGUCGCAGUGCUGCAAGCCCAUAAUAAAUGUGAAAAUUGCUAUUAUUUAACUCAGGUGUAGUAGAUUUUGAGGAUAAAGCUGAAAGGACAGGGCAACUAAGGGACAAUUGCACAAAUUUAAAGCAGAAUUUACAGUCAAGAGAAUGUAAAGAAAAAUUGUCUGAAUAUUAGAGGAUAAUUUGAUUCUUGCUGAGAGGUGAUAGAGCAAGGCAAAAUAUGGGAUACUUGCGGUGGUGCUGUGAAGGAAAAAGCAGGGGCGCGCGGGCUGAGGUCGCACGAUAUUUAUACUCAAUCGUAUUUCUCAUAACAAACGUGGUGGCGUGGCUGGUUCGGGAUUACAGUCACAAUGUAUUAGCAAAGCUGCACUACUUGAAAGGUUGUCAAGGUGGCCAUGACUGUUUAGGUACAGAAGGGGUUCUUCGUGUAAGCAUGGGCUGCUUUAUUUUUCAUUUCUUUAUGUGUAUUACAACAGUUGGAGCAAAAAAGCUGCAAUGUUACCGUGAUUCAUGGCAUUCGGGAUUAUGGCCUGUAAAACUGCUUUUGUGGAUUUCCUUUAUGAUAAUACCUUUUUUGUUCCCGCCCACUGUCAUUCAACUAUAUGGGGAAGCAGCACGAUUUGGUGCAGGGAUAUUUCUGCUUAUUCAACUUUUUUGCGUUGUCAAGUUCAUUACUUGGUGGAAUGAUCACUGGAUGUCCGAUGAUGCUGGCCAUUGUCGUGCAGCAGCAAUAAUGGUAUCAACAACAGCCUACUCUGCUUCUGUGUGUGGAAUCAUAUUGAUGUACAUAUGGUAUGCUCCAAAGGCAUCAUGUUCACUCAACAUAUUUUUUGUCACGUGGACGCUAAUCCUUCUUCAGAUAAUGACUGGCAUCUCUCUUCAUUCAAAAGCUAAUGCAGGCCUCUUGGCUUCAGGGCUUAUGGGACUUUAUAUUGUUUUCCUUUGCUGGUCUGCUAUUAGAAGUGAGCCUAUUACGGAAAAGUGCAAUGUAAGGAAAGAAGUACCUUCAAAGGGAGAUUGGAUGACUAUUGUUAGCUUCGUAAUUGCUGUUUUUGCAAUUGUCAUGGCAGCAUUUUCAACUGGAAUCAGAUCAAGAUAUUUUCAAUUCCGCAAGAGCGAUUUCCUUUCGGAUGACGAUGUACCAUAUGACUACGGAUUCUUCCAUUUUGUUUUCUCAAUGGGAUCUAUGUACUUGGCUAUGUUAUUUGUGGGCUGGAACUUGCACCAAACAAUGGAAAAGUGGAGUAUAGAUGUUGGUUGGGCUAGCACAUGGGUGAAGAUUGUGAAUGAAUGGUUGGCUGCAAGUCUAUAUAUCUGGAUGCAGAUCUCGCCAUUUCUAUACAACUAUGGCAGUUCAGAAAGCAUUGUCUAAGUGCAAAUAAUGUAUUUUGCUGUGACACUUUGAUACCUAAUCAUUCUUCAAGAGAGAUGUACUCGCGACCUAACUGCCUACUGAAUAUUUGGAGCGAAAGGAUGUGAUAUAACUGACUAUACCUUUAACAAAUUUAUAACCAUAAUUUUCAUUGUAGUCUAUCACCAAUUCAUUAUUCAUUAUGUAUAUAUCAAUUUCUUUUUCACUAAAAACUUUUGCUCCAUGAAUUUUGGGAUAUAUUUUGAUGAUUAGAUACCUUAUUUUAUCGGCCAGCUACAUAAUUGGUUUACUAUUUUCCAAGCAGUGAGAUGUUAUAUGAUUCAUGGGUUUCAAUCAUAUGUAACAUAUUUAACAUUCAUUGGCAUGAGAGGACAAAAAAAUACAAAUGUCUGAAUCUUCCUAUUUGACAAGACCUGUUGGUAUUGGGUUUCCAAUUGUUCAUAGAAGAAUUCCACAUUAAUUCAGGAGAAGAAACACCAUAAUGCUUUAGUGAAAGUAAGUAUUUAUUUACACAGUAUUCAAACCUAAGUGGUUUUGAUUUUGUACUUAAACUUGACAAGUGCAAUAUUGUAUCAGAGAUGCAUUAGAGAGAAUGCUUUUAUA